GCAUUUCAGUCUUCCCCCAAUUGUAUUUACUUGAUUGUGCCAAUCUUCAGAUUGACGCUGCCACAAAUCAGGGAGAGAGACUGGGCAGGCGCUAAGGGUAUGCUCCAGCUGAUCAGAGAAACCAGGGAGGAUUGGGAGAGCAUCUCUGUAGCGACCAUCCUCAGCUGGAAGAAAAUGCAUUGAUUUAUUUUAGAAAGCUGAACAGAACGCUGUGAUCCUAUAUUUAUAACACAGCUUGUUUGGUCGUCUGUGUCAAGAGCGAGAGUGGAUUCAACGAAAACAGCAGUUGCGUGAGAUAGAGCCCUGUCCCCUGCCACUAUCUCCUUCUCUGUUUACCAGAAAGUUCCACUCCGAUCCUGGCCACGGAACGGCCCUUUUCCAACUGCACUGCCAGAAGGAGACGCUGAGAAAAGCAACAGUUUCAGAGUCUGAGCUGGAUUCAAUGGUACCAGAGGGACUGGAUGAACUUGGGUGGAGGGGCUGGGGCAGGAGAGAAGGGCUUGGGCUGGAAGCUGUGAAGACAGGAGAGAGGGAACCAGAGCGGGAGGAGCAGCCUGACAACGCCAACAUGCCUCCCAAGUUUAAACGACACCUCAACGAUGAAGAGGUCACUGGAUCCAUACGCAGCGAGAGGAGGAACCUGUUGGAGGAAGACUCUGAUGAAGAGGAGGACUUCUUCCUGAGGGGACCAACUGGACCCAGAUUUGGAGCUGGAAAUGACAAAAUCAGACAAGUUCAGUCGCAGGUUGAUGAGGUCAUCGAUGUGAUGCAGGAGAACAUCUCCAAGGUGAUCGACAGGGGAGAGCGACUGGAGGACCUGCAGGACAAGUCAGAGAGCCUAUCAGACAAUGCGUCAGCCUUCAGCAGCCGAGCCAAGCAGCUGCACAGGAGGAUGUGGUGGAGAGACAUGAAGAUGAAGGCCAUCAUAGCUCUGGUGGUGGUCGUUCUGCUACUUAUCAUCAUCAUUCCGGUGAUCUUGCGGUAUCGCUAGUGUUUCGCCAGGAUGAGGAAGAAUCUCUCAAUCCUUCUCCUCUUCCUCCCAUUCUCCUGCACAAAGUCCUCCACACCAGCUCGGGGGCACCAUCUGCCCAUAACCACAGAUCUAAGAUCAGCUCACCCUCUCCCAAUGCUAACCUUUACCGUUAGGAUGGAAAACACAAAACUGACCUAAGAUCAGUGUCUACUAGGGACCACUUCAUCCUACUCUGUGAGCCAGGGGUGACAAGGGUGACACAGGAAGCAUUACGUUGGUGUUACGUAAGGGUUGGGUUUGCGUCCCAAAUGAUAUCUUAUUUAGGGAAUAGGGUGUCAUUUGAGAUGCUGCCUGUGUCUCAGACACCUAAUCAAACUAAAGGAGAACUCCAUUCAGUACAUAAUACAUAUCAGCUAGUCAUUAAGGUUACGUUUCAUAUCAUGUAGUCAGACUGAUUCUAAUGAUAGUGAGACUUUCAGUCAAUCUGUCUGCUCCAGUCAGUCCAUCAGCAGCUUAGAAACCGGUUAUACAGGACUUGUAGCACACCAAAAUAUUUGGAGAUUAAGAAUGGAACCCCUACCACCUCCCAUCUCACAUGUUUAGAAUGCUUUCAAGCCAAAACUGAUGAGGCAAUGGCUAAAUCUUAAUACACUACAGUGGCCUCCUCUACUUGUCUCCUGAUCUGACACUAGCGGGACUGGUUCAAGCCAUUGAGAGGAAGCCACUGUGGAGUAUUGGGACAACGUGUGUCCUACUGACAUGUGUUACUGCUUGGCCACUGCUGAUCUCAUUUCCUGUUAGUAACACUAUGCUAGCUGUCUCUCUCCAGAUGGUUGAAUUUGACCGUUUCUGUGAUAUUGAGUUCUGUUGGAAGGUUAACGUGAAGCUUAUGAAUGUCUGCUGCUAUUCCCAUUACCCCUGAGGAGCUAAGGGACAGACACUGUUCAUUCCACUGCAAAGGCUGGAGGCGUCUGGUACCACUUGUUUAUUCUGUGUGCGCGCGUGUGAUUUUCCUAGUCUGCCCUGUAUUGAGAUUGCGUGCCCUCGGUAUCCAAACAUGCACGGCUUGUGAUGCGGGUCACCAGUACUGCCACACCACAGCAGCAUAACAUUUGAUUAACACUUGAUUUAAAUCAGAAAUGUUCAGUCUGGUUUGCUUAUUUCCUUAUAAGAUCAUAGACUUCGGAAGGUGCUGCAGAAGCAGCCCUGAUACAUUUAAAUGAAUGUGCCAGAGUUACAGAAUUCCAGCCGUCUGUUCAGAAAGAAAUGAAAUAAUUCCGAAUAGUCUACUAAACCAGGAGUAGGCCUAUAAUAUAGCCACAGAGGAUCAAUAAAUAAAACAUGUAAUGGCCUAGCUGUGGAUUGUAGCCCAAUAACAAGGUAUAGGCUACAGCCAGGAAUGUGUUGCAAAUCUGCCAGUAAACAGCAUGCAGACAAAACAGGCCUUUCGCAAUAUUUAAAAUACAGUCGCAGGAAAACACAGGUUGGAUAGCAAAUGGCUCCUGCUGAAAAGAGAAGACGAAUCUGUCUGCUGUAGGAUACCAAAAUAUUUGAGCAACUUCCAAAAGGGCGAUCUG